UUCAAAUCCUGUCUCUAACGCUUUUUCCCCCCAUUUAGUUUGAUUAGCUCCUCAUUUAUAAGUCUUCAUUUGAACUUUACAUCUCACAGUCUCAUACCUUAACCGCUCCAUAACUUCUCUGCUCUAUUUUUACCUCUGCUUAUCAGUUGUGGAUUUAACUCAGGCUACAUUUAUAGCUCAGUCUGGAGUCAUACCUGAGCGUUAGCCUGUCUGUCUGCGGCCUGCUAUUCAUUUAACACAUCUUAUCAGUGAGCGCUUCAACAGAAAGGAAAACAUCCCGACAGGUAUAAUAAGGAAUAUAAGACCGCAUAAAACCUUAUAAAGAUAAUACGGUUUAUUUAAGUGGUCGUUAUGUGACGAGGAGCAGAAAGUGAAAUCACGUGUUUUAAUGCAGAUAAAGAAUUCGAUGUAGAAGCCUCAACCCAAUCGUCUUUCACUUCAACUGCCACGCUCAGGUUAUGAUGGGCCUCAGGGAUUUAUCUAGUUUCCCUGAUAACAGCAGGUCGACACAGAGGAAGCGCUGCAUCAUAAACGACAUAUGUUUCUGAUGCAUAUGUCUGCUUGGUGAAAUGAAUGUGCUGAACGUGCUGGAAUGCAGAGGAGACAGAGUGAUGGCAGAGGGAUUCCACCCUGAAAGGUCCACGAUGUCUUGAACAAAGAAAGUAGACUAGACACCAGAUGAUGUUCACGUUGGGAGCAAUGGCACGGGAGUUCCAGAAGCUGAGCUGCUAAGGCGGCAAAAGAAACUUGGCCUUAAACGCAUCAGAGUGUUGAUGCAUCAUAUUGUGCGUGAGUUGUUUACAUCACAAUCAGGCAAUGGAGCCUUUGUGUAUCGGAAGGAUUUCUUAAUUAUGUCAUCCUGACGUCUUGUCUCUAGUCCUGUGAGAUACCUGGAGAAAUCAUUUUCUGACUUCUUCACCUAUAUGAAAAUCAUGGUCGGGUCAAUGCUACCUUUUAGAUUGUCUUUCUAUCACUUGUGUAGUUUUUUUCGGCCAUAUUUUUAUUGACCAUUGAUCGAUCGGCUCCAAAUCAUCUGGAGAUAAACGCUCCUGCUGCAGUGUCCACCAGUAGAGCGCUGGUCACCGUGAGGACCCUCUCCAUCCUGUCCGCCUGCUUCUUGCAGGUCCUGGAGUUUGGGGGCGUGGCCGAGUGUCAUCAGUCAGGUGACAUCACCUGCUGGUUUGUGAGCUUCUGUUCUGAAGCCAGUUGGACAUUUGGUCCAGCGCCAUCUUGGCUUUGUGAAACCAGCUGUCAUCAUGUCUGGAGGAGCAGGGGGUGGAGCCUGCCUGAGUGUGAGGACACUGCACACCUACCUACACCUGCACCUAUUGGACACUACUAGCUGUCAAUCACAAUGCGGUAUCCACGCCCCAAUGCAUACAGUGCUUUAUGGUCUAUUUGACUCUGAAUGGAUCAUCCUUUACUACAUAAACAUCAGCUGUAUUGAAGAAGACUUGAAACCAGAGAUUGAGACACAAAGGAAAACGUUAAAAAACAAGUAGAGUCGCCCUCUGCUUUAUUAAAGACUCUAUCAGAGCUCAGUUCUGGUUCUUUGGACACUUCCUCACUCCUACACCCACACGUCUGAUAUCUCUGACUUCACACAAUGUUAUUAGUUUAAAUGGUUCUCCAGUUUAAUGUGUUUCUGGUUGUGUGUGUUUAACCUCUGUUAUCAUGAACGUUCGGCCCAAAUUGUUGCUUUGCACAAUAUGUUGCAUGAUGAUGAAAAAUGAUAUGUUUCUUUACAACUAAAUGCAAGAAGAGUCACAGUUAAUGUCUCACAUAGAGAUUAUAUUAUUUGUUGAGUUUUGUUAGAGGUUUAAAAGGUCAUUAGAUCUAAAAAAUGGAUGAUUUGAGAACAUGUAGGGAAUCGAGAGGUGGAAGAAAUGUAACAUGUGAUGUUGUGCCUGUUUCAAACGAGGGGCUGUUUGAACUGUGUGAAAUGUUGUCAUCAUUCUGCAUCUUUUCCUCUUUUUCCACCCCUUCUUUUACAGAAAAUUAUGCCACGUUCUUUCCAUUCCUGUCGUCUGACGUCGGGGAAUUCCAGACUGGCUCUGCAGGCCCUCAUCCAACAGGAUCGCUCUAUCUCCGCCGUGUUUCUCCCAGCACCUCUUCUGCUGUCCCGCCGUCUUUCCACCUCUCACUCGGCCCUCAGCCUCCCAUCUCGAGAGAAGUGGAAGGAAUGUGUCGGGCCCUUUGCCCUUUCCAUGCAAAUUACUGGGAAAUGGAAGCUUUCCGUGAAUGGGGUUUCAACUGCGUGAGCAGAGAUUGUAAAUAACAAACGUGUAUUUACAAAAUGUUCCAGAAAAGAGGGGGGGUGCAUUUACACAGUGGCAGCUACUGUAUAAGCAACCCAGUAAAAUCAAAGCUUGAGUUUAGUUUCAUUUAUUUCCAUUUUCUGUUUUCAACAUUUCUGCCUAUAGUGACUUCAGUCGCUGGAUCCCCCUUCAUGCAGCUCAGGGGAUUUAAUACUGAACAACACCAUCAUUGUGUGUUAAACAUGAACCUUCAUUUAAAAAAAGCAUCUCUAUUGCAGACUGACUUCUUCUGAGGAGAGAGGAUGAAGAUGAACAUUUACAUGGAUCACAAAAAAACUACUGAACGGUUUCCAUGAAACUUGGUGGAAUGAUACUUCAGCAUUUAGAUGGGGACCACUGGGAUCGAAUGGCUGACCAGUUCAGGUUGGAGGACACCGAUCACAGGAGCCCCCGAAGUGUCCUCAACAGCCGGCUCAGAUGUUAACUGGUUUGGACCUGCAGCUGGUUGGAGAUCAGACGCAGGAAACACCGUCUCCACACACGUCUCCUGAUGCAGACAGAGGAAGUGGAUAUCCAGAUGAAGAAGACAGACAAGCAGAAGCUUCAGGAGUCCAGCCAUCGCCCAGUCCCAUCAUCCCCAUGCCAGUCCGCUCACGCCGCUCGACCCUUGACCCCCAGUGCGGCCUGCGCUCCAUCCUGCUGCAGGUCCGGGACCUCGGGCUCGGCUACGACUCGGACGAGACCGUCCUCUUCAAGUACUGCAGUGGGACGUGUCCCCGGGUUCGCUCCAACCACGACCUCACCCUCACUAGCCUGCUGCUCAGUGGGGUGCUGCCCCACCCGGCCCCCGGGGAGCAGUGGCACAACACGCCCUGCUGCAGGCCCACCCACCACGAGGACAUGGCCUUCCUGGACAACUCGCACCGCUGGCACAAGGUGGAGAAGCUGUCGGCCGCCGGCUGCAGCUGUGUGGGGUAGAGGGCUGAGAGUAGAUGGGAGAAGGGUGGUGUUGAGGGGUGGAGGGGAGGAAGGGAGGUGUGUAUGAUAGGUUGUGAUGACAAAGCGAUUCCGAGGGGAAAAGUUUGCUGCCAGGUUUUUUUGUAAUGUCUGUAAAUGAAGAGUUUAAUUUCAGCAGGAUGGAAGCUGAAACCUUUUGUUAUGAAAUGAGCACAAAUUAAGCUAUUGUCAUGUUUAGGUGAAAGAAUCCAGUUUUUCUGUUGAAAAGUGGCCUAGAGGGACUCACUACGAUAAUAAUAACUUUAUUUUAUUUUAUUUUGAUAAUAUUCGAACUGUAAAAAAGAAUUGGGCAGCUUUUCUUAGUUUAAGAACAUUCUGCAUUCGAGAAAAAGUUUGUUUCUUUAUCUGUCGCCAGCAGAAAAUACAUAAUGAAAUUGACGUGUAUUCUUCAAAUGUAAAUACUUAACUAUUGUUCGUGUCAGCUGAUUUGGAUCUACUCUGAAUCUUCACCUCCUGACAAACAUACAUGAAGCUGACAUUUAUUUAUUUAAAUUCUUCAGUGCAAUUUUGAAAGUUACAAAUGGAGCAGAUCAAAUGAACGAAGCUGCGUAGAUGCAACGUCUGGUUUGAAGUUCUUCACAGUUCAGACGGUUUCAUCAACCAGACACAGUUUAGAAAAAUGUAUUUAUGUAAGAUAAGUUAUUUAUUUAUUUGACGUCGUCCUCUCGUCAUGCUGAUUAAUUUAUUUUGUGAUGUGCUCGUCUCUACAUUCAUUGUGUGUAAAGUUCCUAAUAAACA